UGAACAGAAACUUCAAAUUUCUUUUGUGUAUUUCUGGGUCUGGCAGGUAUCAUUCUUUCAGUUGGGGGAUUUCUUUCUUUCAUGUUGACGGGGAGAAUUUCUGCGAUCAGGUUCGGUGUAAUUCUAGGUGGAGCGCUUUUAGCAUUGAGCGUCUCAAGUUUAAGAUCAUAUAAAAGAGGAGAGUCCUCUCCCCUUGCCUCCAAAGGACAAGCAGUCAUCUCAUCUGUCAUGUUUUCGAGGGCGUUAAGCUCUCUGGUUCUGAGAACAACUCUGGGCACCUUUAUCGCUACCUUAGUCAGUGGUGCGGUGGUGGCAUUCUACACAUACAAGCUUCUACCAAAUGACAAGCCCGGCUUAAAACCUGGUACAGAAAACUGA